CGCAAUUCAAUUCUUUCGGCUACGUUACGUUGGUCGCAUACACCUAGAAAUCCAUCCCUAUUAUCGAACAGAUUGUCUGCUCCUUUUUGUUCUCAACUGCGUACGAAAUCCUGCUAUACAAGUCCAUGGCUUACGGCUAGCACGGUCCCAUCAGCCCCAAUGGCAGUCAAUCGACCCGUGAGGUUCCUCGGGGCGCUGUCAGUCAUCCUCUUCUUCUCCCUCCUCUACAUAUACUUCCGCCCGACUCCAACAAUAUCGAUCCCAGGCUCGGUCUCGAGUCCCAACGCCGGCAAUGGCGCGAAGAUCGAUAACAUGGAGCGCGAUCCGCUCCUAGAUCCUGUUGGCGAACCUGACGAGCCCCUAUGGCGACAUACCGACCACGAUUACUCCCCCGAAAGUCCCAACUCGGCGCGCAUCAAUGCCACCCUUUUGUCGCUUGUCCGGAAUGAAGAGCUGCACGAGCUUCUGCCUACCAUGAGACAACUCGAAGCGACCUGGAAUCACAAAUUCAACUAUCCAUGGACAUUCUUCAAUGAUGUGCCGUUUACAGAAGAGUUCAAGGAGAAAACACAGGCGUUGACUAAGGCCAAAUGUUCAUAUCAUCUCAUCCCGAAAGAACAUUGGGAGAUGCCAUCAUGGGUCAGUCAAGAGUUGUACGAUGAAUCGGCUCAGAUACUUAAGGAGAACGACGUGCAAUAUGCAGGCAGGAUCUCCUAUCACCAGAUGUGCCGGUGGAACAGCGGCAUGUUCUAUCGACAUCCAGCCCUUGAAUACACACAAUACUACUGGCGGGUGGAACCAAAGGUCAAGUUCUUCUGCGAUGUCGAUUACGAUGUCUUCCACUGGAUGCAGGACCACAAUAAAACCUACGGGUUCAAUAUCAAUCUGUUCGAUUCUCCCGAGUCGAUACCGUCACUGUGGCCGGAGACGAUCAAGUUCCUCGCCUCUCAUCCAGAGUACUUGAAUAAGAAUAACGCCAUGGCCUGGCUCACAGACAACGAAAGGCGACCCGAGCAGAACAUCAAGGCGCAUGGAUACAGUACCUGUCAUUUCUGGUCGAAUUUUGAGAUCGCAGACCUGUCCUUCUGGAGGAGUCAGGCGUAUGAAGAUUACUUUACCCAUCUUGAUAGGACAGGAGGGUUCUUUUACGAGAGAUGGGGCGAUGCCCCUGUUCACAGUAUUGCUUUGGGUCUGUUCGAAGACUCGAGCAAGAUUCAUUGGUUCAAGGAUAUUGGGUACAACCAUAUUCCUUUUUACAAUUGUCCAAACUCUCCCAAGUGUCGCGGGUGUACGCCCGGGCAAUUUUAUGGUGGUGAAUCAUGGUUGCAGCGAGAAGACUGUCGACCACUCUGGUUCAAAUAUGUCGGAACUGGAUGAGCAUAUGGAGUCUAUGCAUUAGAGGCGCCCCGAAUCUGAGAGAGGGCAGCCGUGCCCUGGUUGGAGCGGGCGUUAUGGUGUCGAUAAAAUAUGUAUGUAUAAAAUGGAACGGCUUGUGUAGGUUUGAAAUGUUACUUCAUCCCCAAAUGCAAUCAUGGAUGGCUAGCUUCAGCAUAAGAGGACACUGCCCUUUGACUGGCUUUGAGCAAUCCAUUUAUUGCUCGCGCUUA